UGGUGGGAGAGGCCCGCAACAAUGACCUUUUCAAAAACCAAAUAAAUAUAAAAGAAAUACAUUCAUGAGAAUUAAAUAACUGAUGCAUUAUUGGGUAGAACCAUAUAUGUGUUCCAGUUAAAGCCUAUCAGUACAAACAAUUCCUCAACUGGACAAAGAUGUUUAGGAAAACGUUCGGGUUUUUAGUGCAAAUCGACAGGAACAUCAGUAAUGUUCACAGUAGAUCAAACAGCAAUGUCGCUUUCAUUGGUUUGGGACAAAUGGGCGCUAGAAUGGUCGAAAAUCUAAUUAAAAAUGGCCAAAAACCUAGAGUCUAUGAUAUUAUUCCUGCUGCAGCAAGUACCAUUCAAGGUGCAACUCCAUGUUCCUCACCCGAAGAAGCCGUAGAUGGGGCCGAUAUCAUCAUAACAAUGCUACCCAACGGGCAAAUAGUAAAAGACACCGUAUCGCGCAUUUUGAAAGCCGUCCCCAAAAACGCCAUAUUAUGCGAUUCGUCAACCACGGGCCCUCAAGUAGCCAGAGAACUGUCCAAAGUGGCCAAAGAUUCCAACAUCCGUUUCCUGGACACUCCUGUAUCAGGCGGUGUCGUUGGAGCUCAAGCUGGCACCCUUUGUUUUAUGGUCGGAGGUUCUCAAAAAGACUGCCAAGAAGCCGAACCUGUACUGCUCAAAAUGGGCAAAAAAGUUUUGUACUGUGGAGAAUCUGGAGCGGGACAAAUUACGAAAUUGUGCAAUAACUUAAUCUUAGGUGUUACAAUGAUAGGAACAUGCGAAGCUAUGAAUCUAGGCGUAAAGCUAGGUCUAGAUCCAAAACUGUUAACUGACGUAGUGAACGUUUCUACAGGCAGGUCUUGGUCGUCGGACACCUACAAUCCGGUGCCCGGAGUGAUGGAAAACGUGCCCGCCAGUAAAAAUUAUGAAGGAGGAUUUUCUGUAGAACUAAUCGCGAAAGAUUUAGGCCUGGCUUCGGAUGCUGCUCUAAGUAUAAACGCUCCCAUUCCUCUAGCCGCCAUGUCGCAUCAGUUGUUCAGGACAUUGAUGACUUACCAUUUAGGCAAAAAAGAUUUUGGUGUCGUUUAUAAGUUUUUGGAAGGGCAAGCGUUGAAACAAUAAUGAUUUAAAUUUAAAAAAUAAUAAAUACAUAAAAAUAUAUAAGAACUUUUUCCUUUUUUCAGCAUUCAGCCAACCUGGAUUGCUCAUAAUAUUUAAUGAGGACACCUUUUAUUUUUC